AUGGUGAAAGGAAACUUUUGUGGUGUCCCUACAGUUGAUAUAUCACCUUACCUUGAAGAUCCCGGGUCCAACGCCGCCAGAAAAGUCAUUGAAGAUGUGAGAGAAGCGUGCAUUUCAACGGGCUUCUUUCAGAUAACUGGACAUGGCAUCCCCAAGAAUCUGCAACAAAAUGUCUUCGAUGCAGCACAUGCCUUCUUUGCCUUGCCUUUGGAAGAGAAAAAAAAGCUCAACGCUGCAAACUUCAUUGGUCAUAGAGGGUAUGAUGUGUUGGCCAGCCAGUCCUACGAGGAAGGUGUAUUACCAGACUUGAAGGAGGGUUACUAUGUAGGCAGCGACGUCCUGCCAUCAGAUCCUUUAUACGGCCGUUUCUUCAUGGGCCGUAACGUUUGGCCUUCAACAAAAUUCCUAUCCACCGCACAGUUCCAGGAACCAUGCGAGCGGUACCACGAAAGUGUCCAACAGCUUGCCUUCAAAGUUCUACAGCUAGUUGGAGAUACAAUGAUACCCCGUGGACAUAGCAGCAUUGGUAUGACAGAUAAUAUGCCAACUGUCCUGCAUGAUUUAAUCAGGUUGGAUAACAUUCCGGCAUGCCCGCUUCGCCUCCUCCACUAUCCAUCUGCCGUUCGGAACAGAGGGGAUGUGGCCGGUAAGCCGCAGUACGGAGCAUCGGCGCAUACCGACUUCGGUGUAAUCACAUUACUCCUCCAAGACGAUAAUCCUGGGCUCGAAGUGCUGGUAGAAAUAGAUGGAAAACAGGUGUGGUGGCCUGUUGACCCGAAUCCCGGCGCCUACGUUGUCAAUAUAGGGGAUAUGACUAGCAUGGUUACCAAUGGCACUUACAAAAGCAGCAUGCAUCGUGUUGUGUGCAAACAGCCAGAAAGAGAGAGGUAUAGCAUUGUAUUCUUCCUUGACGGUUGUCUAAAUGCAAAGCUAAAGCCAAUAGAGGGCUUUGGGCAUCCGGAAGAAGACAUCGAAACCUCUCACAAAACGGUAGAGCAGCAUAUGACUGAACGGUUAUCGAUGAGCUAUGCAAAGGAGGGUAAAGAUCCGAGGCACAACGAGGAUGCCUUCAACGCAUGA